UCGCUAUCUCGCCUGCGCGAAACAUUUCACCCAUUUCUGUUCUCCAUUCUCUCUCCGCGAUUUCUCUUUCCUAAAUCUCAAAAGCUAUGGCGAUGAACAAUGGGUUGCGAUCCUGUGCAUCAAAGCUCAUGAAUUCUUCUGGGUCAAUCUUAUCUAAGUCAGCAAGCAGAGAAUUCCACUCGAGUGGGAUGAAGAUGGGGGGACACGGUCAUGAUGAGCCAUUCUAUCUUCAUGCAAAACACAUGUACAACUUAGAUAGGAUGAAGUACCAGAAGUUGACAAUGUCCCUCAGUGUAUUGGCUGCCUUCAGCAUAGGAGUUUUUGUCCCUGUUUACGCAGUCGUUUUCCAGCAAAGGAAGACUGGUUCUGGUUAACAGACUUCAUUUUACUUCAUUUACCCCACAUGGUUGGAAGUUAUACAAUACAGACUUCCUGUCUCGUUCCCUGUAUUGAAAGAUCAUGAUGGCUUUUUUCAUGUUACUUUCAGUUUUCUGCUUGGAAUUGGAAUCUUCCUUUGCUAGAACUUGGAAAGGUACAUUUGACAAUAAGAUUUUUGUAAUGAUUUCUACUGAAUCGUCUACUAUAUACCAGUGAUUGUUAUGGUUUUGGUUCAAUGAAAUUCUUCUCGUA